UCAAUUUAUUACAGUGCAUUGCUUGAAGGCGAUUUCACGCCUUGGUCACACUUCUAGCUGCAUUUUCUUCAACAUCGUGAAAAAAUCGGCGCGCCAUUUCUGUCCACCUUUUGCGUCAGACUCGCUCUACUCUUGCCGACUUGACAAAUUCGCGAGUGUUUAUUUGUUUUAAGCAGAGCCUGUCCCGAUCCCACAACAUUCGCAUCCGGCGCAGCCGCCCCCAGCUUGCCCAACGUGGUGAAAUCAAAGCAUUGCUCAUCGCGAUAGUUGGCAUUCCGGCGAAGGACAAAGCAGGGGAUCUACCUAGUAUAUGUUUGUUAGCUGAGUAGCAAUAACAGCGAGCAACAUGUUUGGCGGCGCGAAACCCAGCUUCGGAGCCACUCCUUCGGCCACCAGCUUUGGUGGUUUCAGCGGCACCACGACAACCACUCCGUUUGGCCAGUCGGCUUUUGGCAAACCCGCCGCACCGGCCUUUGGAAACACCUCCACCUUCGCCGCCCAGCCCGCGCAGCAGUCGCUGUUUGGUGCGGCAGCCACACCAGCUCAGCCAGCCGGAGGUUUAUUCGGUGCGAACACGUCCACGGGCUUCGGAAGCACUGCCACAGCUCAGCCCACGGCCUUUGGAGCCUUUUCGCAACCGCAGCAGACGUCGAACAUAUUUGGAACCACUCAGGCGGCGACGAGUACCUCACUCUUUGGACAAUCCACGCUUCCCAGCUUUGGAGCCGCCAAGCCAACGAUGACGGCCUUUGGACAAACAGCUGCUGCCCAGCCGACGGGCUCUUUGUUCGGACAACCGGCUGCCGCCACCAGUACAACAGGUUUCGGAGGCUUUGGGACCACGGCGCCCACAACCACCAAUGUUUUUGGCAGUGGUACCGCGUCUGCUUUUGCCCAACCGCAGGCCACAGCUGUGGGAGCUUCCGGAGUUAAUACGGGCACGGCCGUGGUCAAGUACCAGCCAACCCUUGGUACAGAUACCCUAAUGAAGAGCGGUCAGGCCAAUAGUGUGAACACUAAGCAGCACUGCAUCACGGCAAUGAAGGAGUACGAAGGCAAAUCUCUGGAAGAGCUUCGCCUGGAAGACUAUAUGUGCGGGCGCAAGGGUCCACAGGCUGGCACUGCUCCGGGAGCUUUUGGAUUCGGAGCUCAGGUUACUCAGCCCGCUCAGCCUGCAAGUGGUGGCUUGUUUGGAAGCACUGCCCAACCGACCACGGGGCUGUUUGGCCAAACGGUGACCGAGAAUAAAAGCAUGUUUGGCACCACCGCUUUUGGACAACAACCGGCGACCAACAAUGCGUUCGGAGCAACAACCCAACAAAACAACUUUCUGCAGAAGCCCUUUGGAGCCACCACCGCCACGCCAUUUGCCGCUCCCGCAGCUGACGCUUCAAAUCCAUUUGGGGCGAAGCCUGCUUUUGGGCAGGGAGGAAGCUUAUUUGGUCAAGCACCCGCGACCAGUGCGGCUCCUGCCUUCGGACAGACUAACACCGGAUUCGGAGGCUUCGGAUCCACUGCAGGAGCAACGCAACAGUCAACCCUUUUUGGUACCACUCCCGCCGCCGAUCCAAAUAAAUCAGCCUUUGGCUUGGGCACAGCUGCAUCGCAAGCCACUACAGGUUUUGGAUUUGGAGCUCCGGCCACAAGCACCGCUGGCGGAGGUCUUUUCGGAAACAAGCCCGCCACUAGCUUUGCUGCUCCGACUUUCGGAGCAACCUCCACGGCCAGCACUCCGUUUUCAAACUUUGGCUUAAACACCAGUACAGCAGGAACGGGUGGAGGCCUUUUCAACUCGGGAUUGAACAAGCCAGCAACGUCCGGAUUUGGAGGGUUUGGAGCCACCAGCGCAGCACCACUUAACUUCAACGCAGGCAACACGGGCGGAUCGCUUUUCGGAAAUACAGCCAAGCCGGCAGGAGGUCUUUUUGGAGGCGGAACAACGACCUUGGGUGGCACGGGUGCUGCUCCAGCGGGCGGACUUUUUGGAGGAGGAACUACUAGUUUCGGAGGCGUCGGUGGUUCCUUGGGCGGCGGAAGCUUCGGUAUGGGCACCAACAACUCGUUAACUGGUGGUCUUAUGGGAGCUCAGCCCACAUUGGGUAUCAUGACGCCGUCGCACCAGCCCAUUCAUCAACAAAUCCUAGCCAGGGUAACUUCUCCCUACGGUGACUCUCCGAUUUUCAAGGAUCUGAAGCAAAGCGACGAGGCAGACGCGACCAGGGCUACAAACCCGGCUGCUCAGCAAGCAGUUCUGGACAUGACCAGCAACCAGUACAAGAUUGCUACCAAGAACAGUCCUGUUCCAGUGAAGGUAAAGGCGUUGGGCAGCACACUUAACAGAAAAUCGCUGUUUGAUGGCCUCGAGGAGUUUGAUGCUACUGUGGAGGGCUUCAAUCUCAAGCCCAAUGCUAAACGUUUGGUUAUCAAACCCAAAGUAAAGAGUGUAGAGGGUGGAAAUCCUUCCAGCUCUGUUGGCAGUGCUCCCAACACGCCCCAGUCUCGCCCCAAAGUGGCAACUCCCAGCAAGGAAAGCGGGUCCUUUAGCGGAGUCAUUCCAAGUGAGCCACUGCCACCAGCAGGAAACUCGCCUGGAGCAACAAAUGGGCGGGAAAGCCAGGAUAACGGUCGCCGUGAGUCGUGGCUGCAUCCUAACAACCUCGAGAAGGUACGCCAACAUAACAUUCAGACCGGAAUGGAUCAGGGAUCGCCCCACAACAGCACCCUCAACGAGCUUGUCCCGCGCAAACCAUUGGACACAUACCGACCAUCGUCCACGGUUCGCCUCUCAGUGUCGACCAUCCCAGAGAAUCCGUUCGAGGACCAAUCGAGCACGAUUGCACGGCGGGACACCUUCAUUUCGGAGCAGGCCAAUGAGAGUGUGCUUUCGAGCAGAUCUCAUGAAGCAGAGGACUCUGCCGCAAACCGAUCCCGCCUUGCCAUUGAGGCAGCUGCAGAUGCGGCGGACUACGAGGCACAUCCCACAGGCAUUGUGUUGCGACGUGUGGGUUACUAUACAAUUCCAUCACUGGACGACCUACGCUCCUAUUUGGCCGAGGACGGAUCCUGUGUGGUUCCAAACUUUACGGUGGGUCGGGAAGGAUACGGCAAUGUGUUCUUCGGCAAGGAAAUAGAUGUGGCGGGUCUAAACCUCGAUGAAAUUGUUCACUUCCGCAACAAGGAGAUUAUCAUUUAUCCCGACGACGAUAACAAGCCGCCCAUUGGUCAUGGCCUAAAUCGUGACGCCCAGGUCACUUUGGACCAGGUAUGGCCGUUGGACAAGACCAAGCACGAAGCCAUCAAGGAGCCACAACGUUUGCUGGAAAUGGACUGGGAGGGCAAGUUGAGGCGGGUGUGCGAUAAAAACGAUACGCGUUUUAUAGAAUACCGCCCGGAAACGGGUAGUUGGGUCUUCCGAGUCAAGCACUUCUCUAAAUAUGGUCUGGGCGACAGCGACGAGGAGGAUGAAGUGCCCACCGAUCCGAAGAAAGCCAAAAUGACAACGCUUGAGGCUCAGCAGCGGGCAAACGCAGAGAAGAUGACCCUCAACUCGCUGCGCCAAGCGCAGAAGAUUUCAGAAGACGCAGCCCGCAACUUGGACCCAAAGGCGUUGGUCGCUGGAGUUGCCAGCGGAUUCAGGCCCAUGGAUGACACCGCCGAGUUCCUCUUAAUGGACAAAACACAAUUUUUCCAAGCCGGCGGAAACUCCGAUUUCUCCAUGUUUGAUCCACCGCGUCAUCGUCCAUCUGUAACCAGUCCCACAACUGUUUUAGCUCAGGAUAUGGUAGGCAACGAGCCGCACAAAAUGCAGCUAAUGAAAUCGUCCUUUUUUGUGGAGGACAAUGGCACCGAGGACGAGCCCAUGGAGACUACUGGGCGUCGGAAGUUUUUCAAUGUUGAACCGAAUGUGUGGAAAGAUGGUGCUUCCGAGAGCUCAAGUCAAUACGAUUUUGACCACCCAUCGCCCGCUCUUCCAGUCUCUUCCUCCGUCUCUGAAGCCAGCCUGAUGUGUGAUGCACAUUACGAGGAGACAUCGUCGAUGGCAACUGGAAGCAUUGUUGCAGCUGUUAAGGAGAGGAAGUAUGAGAUGCCUGUAGCUAAAGCCUUCAAGUUUGUCUGUAAGCCCAAAGUUGCGCCGGUUAAGGUGCGUGCCACAACGGUUCCCCUGCCGAGGUCCAUUGCUUACGAGAUGCGCGAUAUGUGGAUCGCCGAUUUGGGAUUCUACAAAGGACGUAGCUUUAAGCUCAGUUUUGGCCCACAAAACUCAUUGGUACUGCCCAGCACCUUUAAUAACAUGCAAAACCUCAAAGAAUUUACCGGACCAUCCCUGCCCGCCUCCAUGGUAUUUGCUCCCCGCUUAGCCACCGAUAUGUCGCCCAGCGUAAUGCAGCUGGUGCAGUUCAACAUGGUCAAAGGCAACGAGGGUAUUUGCGAAAGUAUCGUUCCCCAUCUAGAGGUUCAGCUAGCCGACUGUCUUUCUGUAAAUGUGGAAGGUAGUGAGUGCCCGUAUAUGCAUCCCGAUAGCGGUACGAAACUAGUUUCCAAGCACUUCUCCGAGUCUCUAAAGCAGAGAAAUGCUGGCCUAAAAGAGGAUUACGCCGUGUCUGUGUGGUCGCUUUUGUUCGCGCUAUGGGGCGAUCAUGAUGAGCUGGUGGACCUGGAAAAGAACUCCCACUACAUGGUCAUGUGUCGACGCAAUCUGCUAUCCGAGUGGCUGGAGAAUACGCUGCUGGGCAAGGAUCUACUCUCGAAAAAAGUUAGCACCCACAGUUAUCUGGAUCACAUGUUGGAGUUACUCAGCUGCCACCGAGUAAAUGAGGCUUGUGAGUUGGCCUUCAACUACGAUGAUGCUAAUUUGGCUCUCGUGCUGUCCCAAUUAAGUUCCGGAGCUGUCUUCCGGCUACUGAUGGAGGAGCAGCUUUUUGCCUGGCAGCAGAGCAAGGCGGAUAAGUACAUCGAUCUGGAGCGGCUCAAGAUGUACAUGCUGGCCGCGGGGGUGCCCAUGAUGCAGUCCUCACAGGGCGCUAUCAACUUACUCGAAGACAACAACUGGCUGACAGUGCUGGCUAUGCAACUGUGGUACUUCACAGCCCCAACCUCGACCAUCACCGAUGCCCUCAAUGCUUAUAACAACGCCUUCCUAGCGGAUGAAUGUUAUGCGGAGCCACCAACACCCAGCUACAAGAACAAACCUACUGACACCAAGAAGCCCGUCUACGAUCUGCGCUACCACUUGCUCCAGUUAUACUCGAAGCGUAUGCAUUCCCUGGAAGAAACCCUCAAUCCUAUAACGCAUACCGCCGAUGUCAUGGACUUCCGUUUGAGCUGGCUGCUUCUGCAAACUCUUCGCGCGCUUGGUUACCGUCACUGUUCGCCCUUAACGGAGGCUCGUCUUUCGGUGGAUUUUGCUAGCCAGCUGGAGAACGAGGGCCUCUGGCAGUGGGGUAUCUUCGUGCUGUUGCAUAUUAAGCAGCGGUCCCAGAGGGAACGAGGUGUUCAGCAAAUGCUACAGAGGAAUGUCAGCGUUUCCGCCAAGGUGCUUCUAAAUGCAGAAGAGCAAUUUAUCGUCGAAGAGCUGGGUAUUCCGAUGUCGUGGGUGGACUAUGCGAAGGCGGUAAAGGCAGGAGCGUCUGGCAAGCAUCACCUUCAAGCAAAAUAUCUGCUAAAGGCUAAACAUUUUGCGACGGCGCACGAUGUCAUCUUCGAACACAUUGCUCCUGAUGCCAUUAUAAACGGAAAAAUGGAAUACCUGCACAGCCUGCUCAUUCAAUUCGAGGAUACUGAGGGCAGCAGCAUCCGAGUGCCCAACUGGUCCAACCAGGGCCAGAUCUUCUUGGACUUUAUCGACAUCAGUGCCAAGUUCAAGCAGAUCCGCAGUGUGACCAACAUCGCUGACAUCAAUGCGCGCUGGGAGAACUUAAAGCCCCAACUAAGUGAACUCUGCUCCCGCAUCAGUCUGCUCCCAUGUCCCACCUCCAAGCACCGACUGUGCCAGAGUGAAAUCUCGCAGAGCCUCAGUUGCUUGGUGCACGGCAUGUGCAUUGUCUGUCCCGAGAUGGAGUCUUCCUCCGUGCUUAAGGUGGCCCUGGAGCGACUGCCACUGCCGCAAGAGUUCUCCUCAAAGGAGCUGCGCAUCUGGCUGGAGGAGCUACUGGACAAAAUCGAAAGCGAGCCACCAUUUAGCGAGCGACAGCAACCCACCAUGAUGGAAACAUAGGAGUCGAGAAAUACAAAGCUUGAAUAUACAAUGUUUAGUUUAAGGUCGAA